AUGAAUACGAAUAACAAUCGCAUAUCGAAAGAGGAAGUAAAAGGAUUCAUAGGUGCAAGAUUCAUCAUGGAUUCAUGCAUGCUGCUGAACCUUUCAUGCAGAGUUAGAUACAAGGCAUUAAUGUUAUUCCAUACAUUCAGUGAUGGAAUGGAAUUCAGUGGCUUAUGCAUGGCCUCGGUUCUUCUAGCAUCAAAACUGGAAGAAGAAAUGUGCACAAUAAAAAGGAUAGUGUAUGUAUUCAACUAUCUGUACACACAGUAUGAAUCGAAACCAAUGCCACUGACAAACCGCUUGUCAAUCAGACUCAAGGAAGGAUGCAUAGUCGCAGAGACAGAGAUGCUCAAGAGACUCGGAUUUGACGCUCAGUUUGAGGAUGUGUAUUCAUGCAUGACAGAGUUUGCACAAACAAGCAGACUUCCAUCUGAAUUUAUCCAGAAAUGCUUCAACAUCCUCAAUACACUGCUUCAAUCGCGUGAAGUAAAGCAAAUGAACCUUCAGGCAUUGAUGAAAGCAACUGUCCAGUCAUGCAUUGGAACAUCUAAGAUACUAGAUGACAUCCUGUACAGAUACAAUACGCUUGAUGCCAAGAAGUUUGAUCUGAACACAUUUGAGGAGGUGAAAUCCAUAAGAAAAAUAGAUAACAACAUGAUUCAGAACUUUGUAAAAAGACAAAGGCAUGAACAGUAA